CGCGUGAUGGGCCACCCACCACAAUGGGCGUCACCACCGGAGACACAGAGAGAAGAGAGAGAGGAAGGGAAAAAAAAAUAUCUGCUGCCUCCUUGCGGCGCUUUGCCAUUAAUUUAGUCAGCAUCACAUCGCAAUCACAAGACUCCUAUACCCAAACCCACGCCCCCCACCCCCUAUUAUUCUAUAUAUAUAAUACACACACUAGUGUAGUAGUGUGGAGUACUUCAAUUGGCGUUGGCCGAAGAAGAGGAGAAGCGAAGCAAGCAGGCUUCGAGAACAAGGGGGAGGGGGAGGACCAAGCGAAAGGGGGAACUAGAGCAAGAUGGGCGGCGAACUGCUGCUUGCGCUCCUCCUCGUCUCUGCUGCUGCCGCCCCUCAGGUACUUGGAGUUGGCAAUGGAGACAAUCACAUGAGAAUCAUCCAGGAGGACAUCAUUGAGACAGUCAACAACCAUCCCAGUGCUGGGUGGACAGCCUCACGUAAUCCUUACUUUUCAAACUAUACCAUUGCGCAAUUUAAGCACAUACUUGGAGUGAAACCAGCACCACAGAAUGCACUAAGCAAUGUUCCUGUCAAAACUUAUUCAAGAUCACUGGAACUUCCAAAAGAGUUUGACGCUAGAUCUGCAUGGUCCCGUUGCAGCACAAUUGGGAACAUACUUGAUCAAGGUCACUGUGGCUCUUGUUGGGCUUUUGGUGCUGUGGAGUGCCUCCAGGACCGUUUUUGCAUUCACCUCAACAUGAGCAUUUUACUUUCAGUCAAUGACCUACUGGCAUGCUGCGGUUUUAUGUGCGGCGAUGGGUGUGAUGGAGGCUAUCCUAUAGAGGCAUGGCGCUACUUUGUUCAAAAUGGUGUUGUUACGGAUGAGUGUGAUCCAUACUUCGACCCGGUCGGUUGCAAGCAUCCUGGAUGCGAACCUGCUUAUCCUACACCAAAGUGUGAAAAGAAAUGCAAGGAGCAGAACCAAGUUUGGCAGGAAAAGAAGCAUUUCAGCAUUGAUGCGUACAGAAUAAAUUCAGAUCCACAUGACAUAAUGGCAGAGGUCUACAAAAAUGGUCCUGUAGAAGUUGCUUUCACAGUUUACGAGGAUUUCGCACACUACAAAUCUGGAGUGUACAAGCACAUCACCGGUGGCAUUAUGGGUGGCCAUGCCGUCAAGUUGAUUGGAUGGGGAACCAGUGAUGCUGGAGAGGAUUACUGGCUUCUGGCAAAUCAGUGGAAUAGAGGCUGGGGCGAUGAUGGAUACUUCAAGAUCAUAAGGGGCAAAAAUGAAUGUGGCAUCGAGGAGGGCGUUGUUGCUGGAAUGCCAUCGACAAAGAAUAUGGUUCCAAACUUCGGCGGUGCCGUUGGAAGAGCUAUAGUUUAAUUGGUUACGUUUGCAUGGCCUCAAAUGCUGUUGGAAUUAACUAAAGUAAUUUUAAAAUGCAAUUGUUAAAUGGCCACGAUGGUGUAUGUAUUUUGUACACUAGCUCAUUCCAAAGGUCGUUAUGUUGCUGAUGCCACAUCACUUUGGUCAAGUGGAAUAAUAUUAAUAAGAACUAGAAUUUCGAUUCGAAUGUUACGGUU